CUUACUCGACCAGGCCUGGCAGCCUGGCAGAGACCAGAGAGUGCACUGUGGACGGCAGUCACUCGGGUUCAUUGGGUUCGCAAAAAGGGUGAAUAAUCUCGUUUUUUGUCUUGAUCGAGAAAGAACAAGCCUCGAAAUGAUUCCUACCUGCAUCAAAACCCUCGGCGGACAAACCUCCCGAAGAAAUUAUGGGAGCUGGAGAGAGAUAACGUCUUUCUUCAAGAAAAGCAACUAUGCUACAGAGGCCUCUUUUGACACGAAACCAUGCCGCCUCCACAAAUUGGAACAUGGUCCAUCGACAAAAGUCAAUGUUACCAAGGAGGACGCUAUCGAGUAUUACACGCAACUUCACACCAUCCGGCGAAUGGAGACCGCCGCUGGCAAUCUCUACAAGGAAAAAAUCAUUCGAGGAUUUUGUCAUUUAUACUCUGGACAGGAAGCUAUUGCAGUAGGUAUAAUGGCAGCCCUUCGAAAAAACUUGGACUCUGUUAUAACAGCUUAUCGUGCUCAUGGUUGGACUUAUCUUAUGGGAGUCAAGCCCGCAGGUGUCUUGGCUGAACUUACGGGAAAACAGAGUGGUGUUUCUCGAGGAAAAGGUGGUUCAAUGCAUCUCUACACCGAGAGAUUCUAUGGUGGAAAUGGUAUCGUUGGUGCUCAGGUUGAUGGUAUGGACGUGUUGGCAGUACGGGAAGCAGCGCGAUUUGCAGUCGAUCACUGCACUUCCGGUAAAGGCCCAAUCGUUAUGGAAGCUGCGACCUACAGGUACAGCGGUCACAGUAUGUCUGACCCCGGAACGAGUUAUCGUACACGAGAGGAAAUUCAGGAAGUACGACAAACGCGAGAUCCCAUCACCGGCUUCAAAGACAGAAUUGUUAAUGCCAAUCUCGUGACGUCCGAUGAACUCAAGAAAAUCGAAACAGUCAUCCGGAAGGAAAUCGAUGAUGCCGUAAAGCUUGCGAAGGCUGAUAAGGAAAUACCUCUGUCCGAACUCACGACAGACGUUUACUCGAAAAAUUUGGAAUCCGAAGUACGCAAUUGUACUCCCUUCAAUCCACUCUCUCACUCCACACUGGGAAAAGCCUUCAAUCUUUGAGCGAACGAACAUAUAAAUAAUUUAUUUAUAAAAAACCGGGUAAGCUUCGAAAUCGGGUAAGCUCCAAAGACUCGAAAAUUCAAAUAUCAUGAGGUCGCUAGUUGUAUCCGGCGCGGGACGCACAUCAAAACGCGGAGGAUCGGAAAUUGCCUUAAUCAAUUACUAAAAUCCUUUUAAACUUCUAUCGAUAUUCGAUAAUCAAUAACCAAUUGCAGAAAUCUUAUUUCGAUCGAGCAAUCAAAAGCAAGGAGAAUUUAUCUUUCUUAUUCUGGAUUCCUACCUUAUCAACAUCGAGAAUGUUCCGCGGAAAGUGGUUCCUGUCCGUACUAAUCUUCCAGAAGUUUCUUGAUGCAGCCAUAAAAUUGUUUAUCGUGUCAAUUAAGAUUUUUUUUCAUUAAAAUAAUGUAAUCACAUUGAGAAGAUUUUUAAAAACUUGGCACGAAUCGCUUAAGCUGUGGAAUAAUCUCGAUGCCGGUAAAGUAGAAAUCUAGAAUUAAAAAUCUUCCUGCUCAUCUGCUUGGAAGUGUCUGAUCGAUUGCAAAAAAA